GUACACUGAAGGAUGAGACUCUCGCCGACUGUUAUUUGCAGUAAUUACAAAGAAUGCUCCUCGGGAACGAUGGAAACUCACGAGAAAUAUCGGACGAAAACAAUAUCGUCGUUUUGGAAAACAGCUUCUUGCAAUCAGGCUUACGCAAUAAGCAGAGCAAUAUUGCUGGCGUUGUCGAUAUUCUAUUGGUGCUGUUACAGCCUACAAUAUGGACCAAGGAUGUUCACUGUUUUGGAAAACGAGCAGGUUCUGACUGGCUUUGUAUUCUCGAAGAAGGCUGUUAUAACAUUUUCCUAUGGUUAUUCCACCUGGAAUUCUCUAGUAUCUGCUGUUACAGCUAUUAUGCUGAUCUAUUCAAUCGUCUCGAAGCGACCACAAUUUAGUUUGCCUCUCAUGGGGUUCUUCUUGGCCGAGAUGAUGUACGAUUUCUGCAAUAUUGUCGUGAUGAUAUGGUUGGUUUUGAAGAACCUUCAGCUACAAACCGCAUUGCCUUACAGUGCGAUGCUACUUUUAAUGAUUCUGGCGGAAGUAUGGAUGUGGCUGGGUGUUGUGCAGCUCUACGAGUAUCGAAGCUACGAAUCAUAA